UUUCACGUGAAAGAGUCAAUGCUAAAUCCAGUUUGAUAUAGAAAUCUGUUUCAGAGACGUCAGCACGCUGAAGGAAAGAUCAGGAGAUGACACUUUGAGUUGGUGAACAGUAUGAAGCUGUUUUAUCCUAGUUCUUAACAAUGUCAGUUAGUGAAGAUGAGAACCAACCUCUCUUAACAAAUGGAAAGUACCAAGUCUCUAAGGGCACUCCAAAUUCCAAAAACAUAAAUGAGCCCACAAGCAGUUUUGAACAAGGAAUGAACCACAGAGAAAAUAGUUGUCUCAUCCUACCUUGUGAAAACCAAGAUGCAGUUAAAAUCAAUUUACCUUCUCCAGAAAGAGAAGAGGCAAGGCUUCCUUCAGAAAUAUGUAAAACUGUUAUUGCAUUUUGGUUUAUGUUUUUCAAUCUGGUUUUAAAUCUAACCUGUCUUGCCAUUGUGCAUGACAGAGUACCUGACAGAUCAAAGUAUCCUCCUCUUCCAGACAUUUUCUUUGGUGUUUUUUCAUCAGCAGAUUGGGCAUUGGAUGUGUCAGAAAUAAUCAUAAUCACCUCUGUGUGGUCCUCUCUUCUUAUAAUUUUCUUUCACCGACAUAGAUUUAUUGUCCUUCGAAGAAUAUUUCUGAUCAUGGGAUUGUUAUAUUUCUUCCGUAGUAUUACUAUGUUUGUCACUCAAGUUCCUGUAGCAAGCAUAACAUAUUACUGUUCGCCAAAGAAAAACAACACAACUCCUAUCUUGAUUGUAAAGCGAGUUCUUCACCUAUUGAGUGGGUUUGGACUAUCCAUUAAUGGUCAACAUACUUUUUGUGGUGAUUACAUUUACAGUGGUCAUACAGUAAUUUUGACCAUGACCUACCUUGUAAUCAAUGAAUACACUCCACGACGCUGCUGGAUUCUUCACUGGGCUUUUUGGUGUGCUAGUGUUACUGGCAUUUUUAUGGUAUUAUUGUCUCGAGGACAUUACACAGUAGAUGUGGUAUUGGCAUAUUUUGUAACAUCAAGAGUCUUUUGGAUUUACCAUACUUUGGCAAAUAAUCACUUUCUAAAGGAUAACACGCAUUGCAUCGGAUGAGCCUUCUGUAAAGGAGUUCCCUCAGUGUGAUAACAUUUUUGAUCUUCAAAUGUUUUAGUGUUAUGUUCACUUGUUUUAAUCACUGUUUCAAAGCUUGAUAUCAGAUUUAUCAAAGCCUUCAUUCAACCUAAUUGAGAGGUGUCAAUCGUGUAUUAAAUUAUUAUGCUCUGGUUGCUUAGCACACAUAAUUAAAUGUGAUAAUUGAUUCUUCAUAAUCAAGUUGAUGAUUACUUCUUCACUUGUAUUUAACCAAAUUGAUUAUUUUAAACCACUAACCAGAUAUAUGCUGUCCUUAGCCAAGCUUUGAAGGUGACUGUGCUGGUCAUAUUGUUACCCUUCCACUUGACCAUGUGUGUCUCUAGAUUGUUAUAUAAAUACACACUUUAUGUAAGACUAUUGCACAUUUAAUUUUUUUUCUAAUAUCUUGAUUAUCUAGAAUAACUUUGAGAUUAUUUUUAUGAACUUUUGGAAUAAAUAUAGAUUUUGUUAAAAGAGUUGGCACUUUUGCAUUAAAAUCCAGAUAAAAGUUAGAUAAAUAACUAUCUCUUGAAAUGAUAGGAAGCUAAAACUAAUUAGAAACUUCAUUGUCAUAACAAGAAAUUUGUGAUUGUUGGAGUUCUUGAUGUUUUAAGCCCUGUAUAGUUGUAAAGUCACCUUGUGAACAAGGUUCUCAAGUUAGAUGUAAAGUUUAGAAAAGAAAAUAGCAAAAUGAAGCCCUUUUUUAUACAAGAGAGGUUUGAGUUUCAGUAAGAAACUGUGAAGAUUUACUAUGUACAGUAAUUAUUUCUCUUUAAAUCUGUGUGACUCAACUUGUUGUUAAAUUUACUUAUAGAAAUGUACUUAUUUCAGAAUUUAUAUUAUUUCACUUUGGUUUCAGAAGUCCUAUUGGUGCUCAACAAAGGUGUUGUUAAGAUAUAGCUUUUGUCUGUCAUAAUUAUUUCAAUCAGACAGAGGAAGUCAAAGAUUUUCAGUUAAGAGUUUUUGUUGCUUUGGGUGAAUAAUAUCUUAAUGUAGUCACAAAUUUGAAAUUAUAUAAUAAUUAAAGAAUUUUAAUAUUACUAAUCAAAACUUGUCAAAAUAUUGUGUAUUAAUACUAUAUUAUCUAUAUGUAUUGUUACUUGAAAUAAGUAGAGAAAGGAUUACUUUGCAUGUAUUUAUAUAUAUGGGAUUUGUGUGGCUUUAACACUCAGCUGAUAAUAGCUCUUGAUUUUAACUACUGAUUCUGGUUUGUGAAUUUGACCUUGUUAGCAUACACUGGUGACCUCUAAUUUGUUGCGUAGAAAACUCAGUGUCUUGUAAAGAUAUACAAUUAAGCAUUUACUGUGAAUUUCAAAAUAUUUUCAGUUAUUGUGAGUAAUUCUAUUGUUUUUUAUUUGAAAAGCUUAUAUUUACAAAGCAAUGUUUCUAGCUUAUGCAACCAAAUUACAUGUUUAAUUUUAGGACAAUAUAACUAAUUAGUUUAUUUGUCAACCAGCAGAACAUGUAAGAUCAAGCAAUGCCCAAGUUUAGGGUCUGUGUUCCUGUGAAUAACAUGAAAUUAUGAAGAAAUGUUAACUGUCCCAAGUUUAAGUGUGAAACUUAACAAUGCUUCACACAAUCCUUUGUAACUAUACAGGACAAGGUUUCUCAUUACUCAGCAGAAGUAUUGCUUUGUAUCUUAUUUCUUUUCAUUGAUUAGUAUUUUGUUCUGAAUGUCCCUUUUUAUCAUAUGUUGUUUUAGCUGGAAUUCCAUUUUUUGUGUGUUUUACAUCACUUGCUUUUAUUCUAUUUGUUCAUUGUCAGAGGGUUUUUUUUCUCUCUUUUUGAGUUGCCAGGUAGUUUACUCUGUUAAUAUCUUAUAAUACAAUGGAAAUUACCACAUUACAAACUAAAGACAAAACCAGACAUCACAUGUACUUUCUAUCUCAGUAAUCCCUUAAAAUCUCAUAACAUUUCCGACUAGAAAGUUUCUUUUUAUUGAUUCUUGUUUUGCUUUUCCACUUAAAGGUCCUUGUCAAUUAUUAAUAAAACUUGUGAGAUUCACUGUUUAUCAAACAUUUUAAGUCGGAAUCUUUCACCUUUUCUAGUAUAGAUUUACUUUCUGCUGGGGUAACUGUUUAGUAUUAGUGAUGUUAUUCUUUAGAGUUUAUUUCUGAGUAAGUGGUUUCUCAAUUUUUGACUAACAUAUGGCAGUUUAAUGAUCUUGUUAGACUCUUUGUGACAUUUGUCUUAAUAUCCUGUCUCCCCAACAAUUUAAAAUUUUCAUUUUGACAUAUAAUUUCCAUAACUGUAGUAUGUUGCCUAACCAACUUUUCUAGUUUUUUAUGUAUUUGAAAGCAGUUAGAUAUUUAGAAAUGACUACCAUAUUUCAAGUCAAAAACCCUUGGUGUGAUUUAUCUCUUGACUUCUUUGAAAAUCUAAUUAGUCUUUUGCAUGCAAGAUACUUGCAUAUUACAAAGAAUGGAUUCUCCUCUGUGGAAUGUUUUGCAUUCCUUUAUGUAUUUUUGCAUUUUUAUAUACAUAUUUUAUUUUAGAUGUGAGUUUUUCCCAUUAAAUGUACAAAAAUAUACCUUACAACCUUUCAUACAGUGUCAAGAAAAUCAAUUUUGUUGUGUUUAUGCAGAUUUAUUAGCAGUAUAACAUUCUAAAUACACUUCAGGUAACUACCUAUUUCUUUGAGUAACUAUCUGAUUUUGUAUUGGUACUGUUUUGAAUUUCAAGCUUUAUGUUUCAUUUUUAUCUUUGUUAACAUAUAUAAACACCUACUUAUUUGAAUAUGUUAAAAUUCAUCAAAAAUAAAUGGUAAUUUUUUUUCAUAACAAACUUUAGUUAUUUUUAGUUUUUGCUACUGUGUAUGUAACAACAUACCUCCCUGUUACUAGAUCAAAUGAAAUUAUUAUUCUGAAAAAAAAAUAUUUUUAUGGAAUAAAGAUCUGUAGGUACAAGUUUCAUAUUAUAUAUUUUUUGAAAUGUAUCAAAAAACGUAUAAAGAUAUUUACUAGUAGUUGUGUAAUAACAUCAAUCAAUGAUGUUUAAAUAUGAUGUUUUGUUUAACCAAAUUAUUUCUGUUUAACAUUAUAUAUCUAUGUAAGCCCACACUUAAAUUUGUAGUGUACAUUUUAUAACUGAUUGAAGCAUUUAUGUUUGUGUAAUAAAUAUUUGAAUAAAUAAAUGUGUAAUAAAUUUGAAAACUUUA